UCAUCUUCCUUUCCCCUCUUCCAAUAAAUACCUAUUUUCUUCCCUUCCAUUUCUCUUCACCUUCCUUCCAACCAUCAUCAUCAUGUCCUCCAUUACUCUCCUUCUUCUCCUUCUACUCUCUUCCUCUCUUCACUCCAUAUCAGCCACCUUCACCGUCGCCGUUGCUGGUAACCUCGCCUUCGCCGACCAACCUCUCGAUCUCGACUCCUUCCCCUUUGAAUACCAUGGCGGCCCUCUUCUCUCCGGUAAUGUAACCAUCAAUCUCAUUUGGUAUGGCAAUUUCAGUCCUUCUCAGAAAUCCAUUGUUGUUGAUUUCAUCACUUCCAUUUCUUCUUCUUCUUCUUCUUCCAAAUCAAUCAUUUCCCCUCAUCCCUCUGUUUCCACUUGGUGGAAUGCGAUUAACAGAUUUUACAAGCUUGCUAAGAAACCCAAAUCCUCCCGUCUUUCUCUCUCGUUGGGAUCGCAAAUUCUUGACCCCAAAUAUUCCCUUGGAAAAUCUCUAACCGAUCGUCACAUUCUUUCUCUGGCUUCCAGAGGCAGGCAGAAAUAUGCUAUCAAUGUGGUUUUAACGGCGGCGGAUGUUACCGUCGAUGGAUUCUGUUUUAACAAAUGUGGGUCUCAUGGGGUUUCAUCCGGAGCUCCGAUUAAGAGGAACAGGUACAGAUUUGCGUAUAUUUGGGUGGGUAAUUCAGCAACUCAAUGUCCAGGGCAGUGUGCUUGGCCGUUCCACCGGCCAGUGUACGGUCCUCAGAAUCCACCGUUACUGCCACCGAAUAAAGAUGUGGGAAUGGACGGCGUUAUAAUAAACCUGGCAACUCUUCUCGCCGGUACUGCGACGAAUCCGUUCGGGAAUGGGUUUUAUCAAGGCUCCAAGGAAGCACCGCUCGAGGCGGCGACGGCAUGCACCGGAAUAUUUGGGAAAGGAGCUUUUCCAGGGUACCCUGGGGAAGUUCUGGUGGAACGAAAGACCGGAGCGAGUUACAAUGCGAACGGCGGCAAUGGGCGGAAAUAUCUGCUACCGGCGUUGUUUAAUCCGAUCACUUCCACUUGUUCGCCUCUGGUUUGAGACUUGGGACAAAGAGUAUAUUAUACGAUGACACAAUUAAACGACGACGUAUUUAUAUGAUUUGUUUUCUUUUUCCCUUAAUUUAUUUUAUAAUUUGUAAUUUGUAAUUUAUAUUUUUUCUUUUCAUCAAUAUACUUUCUAUUUGCUUUGAAGAUAUAAUAUGCAUUUUAAGUACUCACUCUUAUUUAUUGUUGAUUGGUGUUUGAAUGGAAAAUAUUGUGGAUUUGAUAUAA